ACUUAGAGUAACACUGUCUAUAAAGUAGUCUAUAAAGUAGUCUGCAUAGGGCAACAACCGGUGCGGCUAAAGGAGUAUAUUUACUCCUCGAAUGAGCUCACAGGUCUGUCUAGAAGGCGACCUGCAGUAUCAUACCGGGCCUUUUGGCCCCAGAUCUACACAGCCACAUGCCUAAGCGCCGCUACCGGCAAAUGAAGCUGCUGUACUCACCCGCAUAACAACACAUCCUACCAGGUUCUUCCUGUACCUGGUUGGCCGAGGACACAACUUGGCUUUGACUGUGCCGGAUUUACUUACCACAAUUGGCUACCGAGGAAUGAUGCCGUCGUCGCCUUGAGCGUCGGUGUCUCGAUUUGCCGGCAUUAAGGGCAUAAAACUGCACUGGGGCCGAUACUUGUCAAUGCCAUGCCGCGUCAAGCUGGUGUUCAGUCAUACCUGCUCUACCGCUCGCGUUCUAGCGACUUACCGACCUCGAGAAUUACAGUCCUGGUACGAAGAUGCAUUCCCACAAGGGAGGAUGUCCCUCGAUUCUUGUGCUUCACUUCGUUGUAGCCGGUCACGCAGCAGUCAAUGGUACCUUGCAUAAUUCGACUCUUGUACCAUCGAGGAGCAGUGGCUAUGAUCAGGCCUCGCGAUCAAGCAGCCCCUUCUUCGAGAGUACCAGCUUCGCUUUACCAGGCGGUAGCCUGUCACAGGGACGGAGUUCGAUAGCCCUGCCGGCUUCUGCAACACCUACUUCUAGCAUCCUCACGAGCAGAAUGGCGCUUAGCGAGAACUCUAGCCUACUUCUGGGUACUACUUCGACCUACAAUGACACUACUGGCAUAGCAACAGCCCCUGGUUCACCCUGGACGGUGCCAGCGCAAGGAAGCGGCUCAUCCUACUAUACCGCUUGCAACAAAGAAUGGCAACUGUUCUAUGACGGGCAUGUCAGAUAUACAAGGGAGUUGACGUCUUCAUGGUGGGUUACCAAUUAUACUGCGACCAUCACCACCCUCUGCGACGGGCAUUCCCGCGUCCUCGGAACCGUAACGCCUGUUACGACCUUUCUGUCUGUCACCACUUCUGAGGGUAUACCUCCGCCUAGCUGCUCAGUGCAGCAGUCCGACUGCGCAUCCGCAAUCAGUCAAUACAGCAGCGCGGAAGCUGUGUGGUAUGCACUGCAUGCCUCAUGGAGCAGCGCAGGGGCGCAUCUCGCCGAUGAACCCUCGCCGAAUACUGUCUCAGUACCAGUAUGCCGUACAACCACACCUAGCAGCACUGGACCGCAACCUGUGAGUGCAUCGACGCCGGCCGGCUCUUGCGGACCCUGUACAAUAGUCGGCGGGGCUGUACAGCUUUUGUACUUUCCAGUGACGACCAGUUAUACCAGAGACAUGUGCGCCACUGCACCAUAUCAUAGUACAUUUUGUCCGUUCGGCUCGGUCUCAUCCGAGUCUAUACCCUCAAAUGGCUACGAGGGAACGCCUUGCCCAUAUUUUGCCUCGAACAGAACAAGCACGCACCCUUCCGGGCCCUAUACGAUCUCUGCCAGCACGACCUUUUACGAAAACCGCGCGUACCUCAGCUACGAGACUGCAUACGCGACAGACUCUUGCGGUCUAGUCGGUAACACGCAUGGUAGCGGUAUCUUGGAAAUGGCAUCCAGCGACGUGUACGGCGUUUCCGGCUAUCAUUACUUCCUUGAGCAGGUCGCCUACUCCUUCAACUUCGCCGAUCUUAUUCCACCGAUUCCCGCGAGUGCUUACUACUGCAUGCCGCAGUGUUGGGAAUCAGGAGAUAAUUAUACUUUUGAUGGCACUACCUAUGGUGCUCCGAACAAUAUCAACGGGGAAGCAUGGCAUGGUGACUUCUGUACUCUGAUGGUGGAUGCGGAGUAUCACCCUUACUUGGCGGUGCCGCCGGAGUUCAGGUACCUCGAUCCAGCCUGGAGUGAGUGCUUGCUUGCGUUGAACGGUGUCUUCGAUCCGGUAAGUCUGUUGCACAGUUAUGUUGGCACUGUAGCAAGUACUCACGGGACCUUGUCUUGCAGCCCAAAAUGCUGCAGCCGGCUUCCUCCAUGGCCAUGCCUACUUCACCCAUUGUGGCAGGGACGACUACAAGCACGGCAAUACCUGCGCAACAGCCUACUUCGUCGGCGCCGUCGAAUACCGCACUCGUCGCGGAGACACCAGCGGCUUCGACUAGCUCCUCUCAGCUCCAGCCUAUUUCCGCUGGCACACCUAGACAAACCAUGUCUUCUCACGGCGGCGACGCUACCUAUGCAAGUGCUCCAUCGACCAAUGGAGGGGAUAGCUACAGCGACGGAGGGAAAGAAACAUUGACGCUUUCGGCACUGUCCAGCGGCGACCCUGGUACUGUGGAUUCAUCUGCACAGACAACGUCCGGUCCUGAUGGUGUGGCUACCUCUGCACUUGAACAAUCAAGCAGUGAUGGGAACGGAGACGCGGAAGCCUCAUCUCAAGGCCGCACCGAUGGCCAUAGCUGGGGAGGAGGCGCACAAGGACAGGGACAAGAAAUUCAAUCUACCUCGACCACCCGAAGUCUGGAGGGCGUUACCGUCGUAGCAACACCCUCGUCAGCGCUGCUUUCGUCGAGUCACUCGCUCUUGCUUCCCUCAAGU